CUUAAAAAGAAGAAAUGUUUUUGUAAUAGCAAAGUUCUUUUUUUUACAAAACAGCUUAUGAAACUGGAAAGUUUUUCCAGUGUUCCUCUUUUAUUUCAUUUGUUAAGUUCCUAGGCGAACAUCUGACAGCUCCACAUCAGAUCUCAGCAGCAUGAGUGGAUUAAAAGUCCUGGUGGUAAUAAUCUGUAUUUUGAGAGGUGCUGCCAAUGGCAAAUGGCUAAUAAGGAUGCCUAUGAAAAUAGAUGCGAUAAAUGGCUUCUGUGUUAUAAUUCCAUGUCAGUUUGAGAUCCCCGACUCAUUCAAACCAUCCCUAAACGAAUCUGUUGAGGCAAUUUGGAAAAUAACAAGCAUAGACGGGCCAAACGUGCUUAGUUCACAAAGUACAGUGCAGUCUUCUCUAAAAGGAAAUGUGAUUGGCAACAUCUUAGAGAAAAAUUGCACGACUAUGUUUCACAACGUUCCUGCUGGAUUCAGUGACACAUUAUUCUUUAGACUUCAGGGUCCUGAACCUCUCAAGUACACAUUUCAGCAAGGAGUAAACAUCACAGUCCAUAAAGACAUUCCCCCGCCUAUCUUGAGCCCAUAUGUUCAGGUGAUGGAAGUUUUAGAGGGCACCAGAUUGACACUAGCCUGUUCCACUGUGAUCAUAUGUCCCUCAAUCCAACCUCUGAUGAACUGGAACCCACAGCUUGGAGAACAGCUCACACCAGCCCUACAGGAGGGUGAAUUCGGACAAACAGUGUUGGUCUCCUCUCAGACAUUCAAUGUGACUCCUCUAAUCGACCACCUGAAAAUCUCCUGCUCUCUUUUGUACUCCUACGGUGCCAUAAGAUCAGCUGAAACCAACAUUACUCUUAGAGUGUUGUAUGCUCCCAAAAACACCAUAGCCCUGGUUAGUCCAUCGGAUCCAGCAUCUGAAGGCAAUGUGGUGAUGCUGAGCUGUCAUAGCGAUGCCAACCCUGCCGUCCAGCGCUAUGAGUGGUACAAAGAUAGUGGAUCUGGAAAGCUAGAAUUUCAAAAUCAAGGACAGACUCUAACAAUGAUAGCCAGAAGUACCGUUCAGGGUCUGUAUGUCUGCAAGGUCUACAACAGCCAUGGGACCGACCAGUCGAGGCCUGUCACUGUGGACAUAAAUAGUUGCCAGUGCUCCAUUACACCGUACAUUAUAUGUGGACUUCUGGCACUUUUCUUAAUUUUCAUCACUGCAGUGGAUUUGGUCAAAUACAAAAGCCUGUUAAAAAGACUUCAAGCAUUUGAAAAUUCACAAGAACCCAUAGCCUACGCCACCCUCCACGGGACCAGUGACUCGGUGUACAAUGAAAUACAGACAAGGGCCAGCAGAACUGAAGAUGACUAUGAAAACAGAAAUUUUGGUAAACCUCAUCCCAAGUAGGAGUUGUGACCUAGAAGGUUCCAAUCUGUCCUGAGGCCUGCAUGUCUCAAGCCAUUUUCCCCAGCAUUUUUGUUUCAUAUCUCUACUUUUGAAUGAAAUUACAAAAGUCCAAAUAAUUAAUCAAAUAAAAACGAUAGAACUGGUAUAA